UGACGAGAAAAUGAAUACUUGAAAGAAUAGUUGGGAUGUUUUAAACUGUGAUAUCAACAUUGCUUUGAGCUCUUACAUGGUAAUGUCCCACCAGCAACAAAAGAAGGCAGCUUUUACUGACUCUUGUCAUGGUAGCUACACCCAGAAAUAACUCAAUUUGUCAUUGUCGUCAGGGGCCUGGCUUAAACAGGGCCUUCUUUGGCAGAAGAGAGAACUCAGGUUUACAGAAGCUAAGCAAUUUGCUUGAGAUUCACACUCCUGAGCAAUACUUGGUACUUCUGUUACAUCUCUUUAGGCAGCUCAUUUUCUCAGUCAGAACUUGUGACUGUUUUAAGCAUUCUGUCCCACACAUCUGUGCCUUCCUCUCUUUGCCCCAUUCUCAGCUCAUGACCUGAGCUUUUCACAGAUCAAAGUCAUCAGGACAAGAAAUGUGUCCAUCCACCCAUCAAAAAGCUGUGCCUCCACCUGCUUUCUGUAUCCCAACCCUUGCGUGUCUCGUCAGCCCCUCUUUUAUAGGAUCCUUCCUAUCAACGUUUAAAGGGGUCUGGUCUAACCAAUGUAAAAUGCACAUACCUAGUUCUAUAUUUUCCUCUGCUUACCAUCUCUUGCCUCCUAUCCAUACUCCACCCUCUCCACCUUUUCAGCUCCACUCCAGCCUUACAUCUGCCCACAUUAGUUGUGACCACCAUACCAAGGUCACUGGCGUCUAUCCCCAAUUAGGGCUGACACCCUUUCUGGAUCUGUUCAGAGUUCUUCGAUUCUUUUAAUCUUAAUGGGAAAGCAGUUUCAGGAUACUGACAAACAGAAGUCUGUCGGACACUUUCACAUGCCCUGAAUUUAUCCCCUGGUAAAUGCAAUGUCUAAACCAUAUUUAAAUACUACUUUAAUGGCUUUCAUCCCUUUACCUGAAGGCAGACAACUUCCAGUAUCUAUGUGGUCCUGAGCACCAAACUGACAUUGCUCUUUAUCAGAAGUAGAUAAACUAAGAGGUUUGCCUAGUGGCCUAGAUUUGAAUAUAGUAACAAUUUUUAAUAGUAACAAUAUAGUUCAACACUAAAAACAUCUAUCUAUAUUGUGAUGACUAUGUAAGCAGGCACUACUUUAUGACCUUUACAUGUAUUGAUCCAGUUGAAUCUGUAGGGAAUUUCCAGGUCAUCUCCAGCAGAAUACUUGUGUGUAGGUGUUUUGUUUUGUUUAUUCCUCAGAGGGCCUGAUUUCUUUUUAGAACCUUCUUACUACUAAAUUCCCUAAGCCUGGGAUGAGGAUCUGUGUUAGUCCUUAAACAAUUUUUCCCAAGAUUUGAAACAGUUGGAACAAACCAUCUAGGUACCUGAGCAAAAAAACUUUUAAGUAGAAGAAUUUACAUACAUUGUUCAUAAGUGCAAACAUGCAAAUCUCUUAAAGAAGCAGUGAUUUUUUCACAUCCCCUGCCCUGAACAGCAAUCAUAAAUUUUUAAUACUACCUCCAUAGCAGCUGAAAUAAUGGCAUGGUUGGACUAAGAAAUUCUGCCCCCAAAUGUUAUAAAACCACCUUGUUGGCAAACUCUGUGGAAAAGUUGAAGUUAUCCCCCUUGAGGUAGCAGCAACAGCCAAUGAAGUUGGGCAUUCCCCUAUUCACAAAACACUUCUCUUGGCUUCUGUGACUAAUCUUGGUUUUCAUGACAGCUGUCUCUGUGUUCUUUGGUAACUCCAUCCUCUCCACCCAACCUUUAAAUAUUAAAUUUCUCAGGUCUCCCAUCCUAGGUUCUGAGCUUUUUUUCUCAGUUCUUUCCCUCAAUGAUUUCAGCCACCCCCUUGGCUUUUGUCACCAUAAGACUGCCCAAAUGUAUGCAUCUACUGCAGGCUGCCAUUCUAACCCCAGUUGUAUAUCUACAGCAUAUAUGGCAUCUCUACUUGGGUUCUCUUAACAAAUAUAUCAAGGUCGGUAUGUCCACAGCUGAACUCUUAAUCUUGCCUUGAUCUCCCAUUUCUCCUGACAAAUUUGGGUGCCACCUGGACAACCACUCUCUUUUUGAACACUCAACCCCCAUUCAGUCUGUUGCCACUUCAUUAUUUCUCGAAUCCAUCCACAGCGCUGCAUCUCCGCUGCCACUGCGCUAGUCUGUACCUAGCAUCUACUGCCACCAACCCAGCCUAAACUUUUACAAUGAAGCUCAGAAUCAUCAACUCAGCGACCCGGGUGAUCUGGCCCUCAUCUGCCUCUAUGGCCAGUUUUGUGCCCACGACUCUCUAGUUCUUUAACCAAGGUUUUGUUUGGUUUCUCAAAAAGUUCAACUUUCUUCUCAACUGGAUUCUUCAUCACCUGUUGUGCCCCGUAUCUGGAAAGCUAUUUCUCCAACUCCACUUGGAUAGCUCUUUUUCAUCUUCCAGGCUCAGCUUAAAAUAUCACUUCCUCUGGGCACCCCUUCCGAGCCCCUGGUCUUGGUUAGCCUUCCUUCAUGUGCUAUCAUUCCAUCUCACAUUAUCACCCUGUUUCAAAAUACUUGUAUGAUCAUCUGUGUAACUGGAAGCACCUUGAGGUUUUGUGUCUGUCCUGCCCUCCAGCGGUCUCCAACUCCUGGCACAGUGCCUGGAUCAUAAUAAACGUUCCAUAAAUACUUGCUGACUGAAAGAAUGAUGAUGGAGGUAGGAUUCCAACUCAGGAUUCCUUCGGGGCCUGGAGCCUCCAUCUCUGCCACUCUGGUUUUGUGUUUUCAUAAAGACAAAUCGUGAAAGGGAAAAGUAAUGGGGAAGCACGGUGCCCAGAGCACGCAGCGGGACUGAGUUUUAAAGAAGGGAGGGGCCGGGACACCUGUACGGGAAAUUUCAGCAGUGCCGGGAAAUUUCAGCAGUGCCGUGUGACCGCCCAGCGGGGGAAGGCCCUACGCGCGGGCAGGCCCUACGCGCGGGCGGACACGGGCGCCCCCUUGCGGCGCGGCCGGGCUAUCCUCGCGCCAGAACUACCGGCUUCCACACGCAGAUCUCCCGCUAGAAGCAGAGGACGCCCGGGAGGGUCGACAGAGUUCGCUGGGCAAGCAGCCCUCCGCAGGGAGUCUCUUCAGGGAGAGUGCCUUCAGAUCCCACCCGCAGCGGUUCCCCCCUGCUCUCGCCCACGCGGGGCUCCGGACGGUGGAUUCUGGCCCAGGGAGAAGCCAUUCGAGACGGCCACCGUCCCUGGCCUCCAGGAAUAUUCUAAGGACCAGUGUGGACGCAGUCUCCCUCUCCUGGACAAGGAAACAAUCAUUUCAAAUCCUUGCAGAAACUUCAGAAAGGACACCUACAAUUAAUUAGAAAUGUUAAGAUUGCCCAAAAAAGGAUUACCUAGAUUUGAUCAAAUUCAAGAUGAAGAAACCUACCUGGAAAACUUAUCCGUACAGAGAAAUGCUUCUGUUUUUUUUGAAAAAUAUGAUCGGAGUGAAGUACAAGAGUUGCUAACUACUGCCUUAGUCAGCUGGUUGUCUGCCAAAGAUGAUGUCCGCUCUCAGUUGGACAUCCCAUGUGGAAUUAUGAGUCAAAUGAAUAAUGUCAGUUUCUCCACUGCAAUCCUUCUGACUCCUGUGGACCCUGUUGCCCUCUUAGACUAUAGAGAAGUUCAUCAAAUUAUAAGGGAGUUGGCUGUUGGAAUUUAUUGCUUUAAUCAAAUUCCCUCAAUCAGUUUAGAAGCUAAUUAUGAUCAGAGUUCUUCUUGUCAAUUACCACCAGCUUAUUAUGAUACCAGAAUUGGGCAAAUUCUGAUCAAUAUUGACUACAUGCUGAAAGCACUGUGGCAUGGAAUAUACAUGCCCAAAGAAAAACGAGCCAGAUUCUCUGAAUUAUGGCGAACUAUCAUGGACAUUGAUCCAGAUGGGAAGCCUCAAACAAAUAAAGAUAUUUUUGCAGAGUUUAGUGCAGCAGGUUUGGUUGAUAUUACAAAGGAUCCGGACUUUAAUGGAAUCUAUGAUGAAGACAUGAAUGAAGAUCCAACAUAUGAUCCCAACAGCCCUGAAGAAAAAGCUGUUUUUAUGAAAUAUGCUGAAAAUAUUAUGCUAAAAUUGACAUUCAGUACCAUACAAGUUCAACAGUGUGAAAAUGUUUUUAUAUUUGAAACAGCCUAUUGGCUUACUAAUGCUAUAAAAUGUAAUCAGGAUUAUCUUGAUAUUUGUACCUAUCAGAGACUACAGCAAAGAUUAUAUCUUCAGAAAAAGGUUAUUCAAAAACACUUUGAGAAGAAAACAGACCUCAGAAAAGGGAUAGGAUACCUAAAGUUAAUAUGUUUUCUGACCCCAUUUCUACUGAGUUUGAAAAAGAAGAUGAAAGUUCCAUAUUUAGAUAGUCUGCUUCCACUUUUUUCAGAUGACAAGGUCAAGACAGAGCGAGAACUGCCUCCAUUUAUUUAUGGGCGAGAUUUUAAAUGCCAGCAUUUUCACUACAAAGAGGAUCAAUAUUUUCAUGUUCAUGGAGGAAUUGAAUUUGAUAUCAGCACACCUUCAGUUGAGAAUGCUUUGGAAGACUUUAAGAAUAAUUUAGAAAAAAUACGGGAUUGUGCUGCUAAUACAUUUGUAGAAGAUUUAGGAUACAAAGAACAUUACUCAAUACCCGUCAUGGAACUUAACGGAAAAAGCUACUAUGUGAUCUGUUUUGAACUUGAAACUUUCUAUCAUCAACUAUAUAAGACAAAGUGGUGGGGAGCCAUAAAUGAAAUCGUGAACAAUCUGAAACCAAAAAGACUUCCACUAACAGAUGCUCAAUUACAUGAGCAAUUUAAGAAAAAAUUUGGCUUCAAAAAAGCUAUGAAAUGCAAGAGCAUCCCAUUUGGUAUGAAGUCUGCUGUUGAAAGAGGAUUAUCUGCUGUUUUCCAUACAUUUAGCCGUAAAACCUCAAGCUUGACCAUCAAUAUUUCAGAUGAGGCAGGCUAUGCCAUUUUCCAUCAUGCUGCUUUACACAACAGAGUUUCUAUUAUAUGUCAACUGUGCAAUGCUAGCUUCAACGUCAACCAAAGACGCUUUGUUAUGUCUAGCCAAGGUCCAACACCUCUACACCUGGCUGCACAGGCUUGCUCACUGGAAACAACCAUCUGUCUCCUCUGUUUCAAAGCUGAUUACACACUUUCUGAAAAAAGAGGUUGGAUGCCGAUUCACUUUGCUGCUUUCUAUGACAAUAUUGGCAUCAUCAUUGCUCUCUGCAGGAAGGAUCCUAGUUUGAUAGAAGCAGAGGCGACAGCUGAGAAUCAGUGUACUCCACUGUUGCUUGCUGCCACUUCAGGAGCACUGGACACUAUUCAAUACCUAUUUUCUCUUGGUGCUAACUGGAGAAAAACAGAUAUUAAAGGAAACAAUAUAAUUCAUUUAUCAGUGCUAACCUUUCAUACAGAGGUUCUCAAGCAUAUAAUAGAGUUAAAUAUUCCUGAACUUCCGGUUUGGAAAACUUUGGUAGAAAUGUUGCAGUGUGAAAGCUAUAAACGAAGGAUGAUGGCUGUGAUGUCCUUGGAAGUAAUUUGCUUAGCAAAUGCUGGAUACUGGAAAUAUAUUUUGGAUGCAGGUACCAUUCCUGCCUUAAUUAAUCUAUUAAAAUGUUCCAAAAUAAAAUUACAGUGCAAAACAGUUGGGUUAUUGAGUAAUAUCUCAACACAUGCAAACAUAGUGCAUGCUAUAGUAGAGGCGGGAGGCAUUCCAGCUCUGAUCAACCUACUGGUUUCUGAUGAACCUGAACUACAUUCUCGCUGUGCUGUCAUUUUAUAUGACAUUGCUCAACUUGAAAACAAGGAUGUUAUUGCCACAUGUAAUGGAAUCCCAGCUCUGAUAAGUCUCUUGAAGUUAAACACAGAAAAUGUGCUAGUAAAUGUAAUGAACUGUAUACGGGUAUUAUGUAUGGGAAAUGAACAAAAUCAAAGAGCAGUGAGAGACCAUAAAGGCAUCCAAUAUCUUAUCACAUUUCUGAGUUCAGAUUCAGAUGUGUUGAAGGCUGUAUCUUCUGCAACGAUUGCUGAGGUGGCACGUGACAACAGGGAAGUUCAGAACGCUAUGGCUUCAGAGGGAGCCAUUCCUCCUCUGGUGGCCCUUUUUAAACGGAAACACCUUAGUGUCCAAGUGAAGGGUGCAAUGGCUGUGGAAUCACUGGCGAGUUACAACCCAUGCAUACAGAGAGAAUUUCUGGAAAAAUCAUUAAGUAAAUAUCUUUUAAAACUCCUCAAGGCAUUUCAAAUAGAUGUUAAGGAACAAGGAGCUGUAGCCCUUUGGGCCUUGGCAGGACAAACCCUGAAACAACAGAAGUAUAUGGCAGAACAGAUUGGAUACAACUUUAUAAUAAAUAUGCUUUUGUCACCAUCAGCUAAAAUGCAGUAUGUUGGAGGUGAAGCAGUCAUAGCUCUAAGUAAGGACAGCAGGAUGCAUCAAAAUCAAAUAUGUGAAGGAAAUGGAAUUGCACCAUUGGUUCGCUUACUAAGGAUCAAUAAAAUAGCUGAAGGCACACUUCUGAGUGUCAUCAGAGCAGUGGGGUCCAUUUGUAUUGGUGUUGCCCAUACAAGUAAUCCCAUCAGUCAACAAUUUGUUGUAGAGGAAAAUGCCUUUCCAGUACUUAUUCAUUUACUGAGAAAUCACCCUUCUCCUAACAUUAAGGUUGAAGUGGCAUUUUCCUUGGCAUGCAUUGUCCUAGGGAAUGAUCUGUUACAGAAUGAAUUACAAGAAAAUGAAGGAUUUAAGUAUGCCGAUGUCCUUCAUCUUCUUCACUCACAAGAUAAGGAUGUUUGUUUAAGAGCAGGCUAUGCAUUAACCCUUUUUGCCUUCAAUAAUCGCCUUCAACAAUACUUAAUAUUGGAAAGUGGAAUAAUGACCAUAUCAAUUUUUGAACCUUUUCUUGAAUCAACAAUUGAAACUGAGAAGGCAAUGGCAGCAUUUCAGAUUAUUAUAUUAGCUAAAGUCAUUAUAGACAUGGACCAUAUUACUUUGUCUGCAAGAGGUGUCACUAUUUUAGUGGACAGUCUGUAUUCAGUUCAUUCUACCACUAUUGUCUUGACAGGAAAUUUAAUAGCUAGCCUGGCUCAUUCUAGAGCUGGUAUUCCAGAAGCAUUUGCCACAUUAGGGACAAUCCAACGGCUCUGCUAUCAUUUGUAUUCAGAAAAAGAAGAGGUUCGCACAGCUUGCUCCUGUGCUCUUGGCUACUUAACUUACAACGCAAGUGCUUUCCGCAUCCUAUUAAAGGAAUGCAGAAAUAAGCCUAAUCAGUUCCUUCGAUUAACAAAUAAUAUCAGCAGAGAUGCAAGUAUUAACCCAGCAUUUCUAAAGGAAUUUCAGAUGCAACAGCGAGUGGGACUUCCUGCAUUAAGUCUAGAGAAAAAUGGAGGACCAUCCAUAACUCCUGUCUUUAAGAAAGGGAAAGAGCACCGAAGAAAAUUAAAACCUAAAAUUCAACCAAGAGAUUCUUUGACUUUGAUACCUCCUGUAACAAAUUUCAUGGGACUCUUCAACACAACAAAAAAGACCACUGUUUCUCACAAUGUUUUUUCCUUUUCAUCUGCAACUUCAUCAGAUAUCACAGAAGUAUCAAGACCAAGAAUAGUGUUCUUGAGCCAACUAGGGAAACAUGUGCAGAAAGCUAAUCCAGAGCCUACUGAAGGCUAA